CUUCAAUACAGUUGUUAUAAAACUUCUAUAUUUAGACUUCAGAUUUUAUGUGAUCAUUAAAUUCAGCGAAGGGAUAUAUAUAUAAUUGAGGCCUGAAAUGAUGGUACUGUUUUGUGUAGAAGUUAAUCUCAACAGAAGUAUUCCAACACCAUCAUCUGUUCUGGCCACUCUUUGACUAAUGCCAAGCUUGCAUCAGGGUGAUAUUUUAGAUUUGCCUUAAUCCUAUGUCUGCAGUAGUUUAGUGAAAUUGUUAGGUCCCACAAGAAGCAGGAAGCAUUUUUAAAAAUAGACAACUAAAGUUUCUCAGAGAAAGGAAAUCUGCUCCUUACCUUCAGUGCCAUGUGUUUGAUUUAAUUUCGGAUGAAAUUUUUCCUGCAGCAAGAUGUUAAUAAGACAAAAUCUAGACUAAAUGUGUUAAAUGGCCUUGCCAACAAUAUGGAUGAUUUGAAGAUAAACACCGACAUUACUGGUGCUAAAGAAGAACUCCUAGAUGACAACAAUUUUAUCUCAGAGAACAAGAGUGGAGUUCAUAAACCAAAAGAUUGUCAAACAUCAUUUCAGAAAAACAGUUCACUGACUCUGCCUGAAGAACUGUCAAAGGACAAAUCUGAAAAAGCCUUAAGUGGAGGCCAGUCUACUCUGUUUAUACAUGCUGGUGCUCCUACAAUCUCUAGUGAAAACUUUUCCUUACCUAAAGGAGCUACUGCUAAUGGACCAGUUUCACACUCCUCCUUAACUAAGACUUCCAAUAUGAAUAAAGGCAGUGUUUCAUUAACCACUGGACAGCCUGUGGAUCAGCCAACAACAGAAUCUUGUUCAACUUUGAAAGUAGCAGCUGAUCUUCAGCUGUCUACACCACAAAAAGCAAGUCAACACCAAGUUCUAUUUUUGUUGUCAGAUGUAGCACAUACUAAGAAUCCAACCCAUUCCAUUAAAAAACUACCUACCUCUGCUUCAGUUGGUUGUGACAUUGAAAAUUCAGUAGGGAAUAGUAUAAAAUCAGAUAGCACUUUAAUAAAUGAAGUAGAGGUGGGUGAGGAUAGUGAAGAUUUACUAGUAAAAGAUGAUGGUGUUAAUACAGUAACAGGAAUUUCCUCAGGUACAGAUGAAUUUAGGUCGGAAAAUGAUACAAACUGGGAUCCCCAAAAAGAGUUCAUUCAGUUUCUUAUAACUAACGAAGAAACUGUGGAUAAAGCUCCCACUCACUCUAACGUAGGUCUAGAAAAAAAGAGAAAGCGAAAAAUGGAUGUAAGCAAGAUAACUCGUUAUACUGAGGAUUGUUUUGGUGAUUCCAAUUGUGUACCAAAUAAAUCAAAAAUACUAGAAGUUGACCAUAUGGAACAGAACGAAGAGGUACAAACAAUAGACUCACAGAAAUACACAUUAUCAAAAGUGAAGCCUGAGUCAACUGAUGAAGACUUGGAAUCUGUAGAUGCUUUUCAACAUCUAGUUUAUAAUCCAGAUAAAUGUGGAGAAGAUAGUUCACCUAUUCAUACUAGCACUUUUAUUUCAAAUACCUUAAAAAAGAAAUGUGAAGAGAGUGAUCCUGAGUCACCUGCUACUUUUAGUACUGAAGAGCCAUCAUUCUACCCCUGUACAAAGUGCAAUGUGAAUUUUAGGGAGAAAAAACACCUCCACAGGCAUAUGAUGUAUCAUUUAGAUGGGAAUAGUCACUUUCGCCAUCUUAAUGUCCCAAGGCCAUAUGCAUGUCGAGAAUGUGGACGGACAUUUAGAGAUCGCAAUUCACUUCUAAAACAUAUGAUUAUUCACCAAGAAAGAAGACAGAAGUUGAUGGAGGAAAUUCGUGAAUUGAAAGAACUUCAGGAUGAAGGAAGAAGUGCACGAUUACAAUGUCCUCAAUGUGUGUUUGGUACCAAUUGCCCUAAAACAUUUGUGCAACAUGCUAAAACCCAUGAAAAAGAUAAAAGGUACUAUUGCUGUGAAGAGUGUAAUUUCAUGGCAGUGACAGAAAAUGAAUUGGAAUGCCAUCGGGGCAUUGCCCAUGGAGCAGUGGUAAAAUGUCCUAUAGUCAAUUCUGAUACAGCCCAGAAAAAAACACAAAAAAAGACUUUCAUGAAAGACUCUGUUACAGGAUCAUCCAAAAAAUCAGCUACAUACACAUGUAAGGUGUGUCCUUUUACCACCUCAGCCAGAAGUAUUUUAAAAAAGCAUAUGGAGUAUUUGCAUUCCUCAUCAUGUGUUGAUUCGUUUGGUAAUUCUCUGGGACUUGAUAAAAGAAAAAGUGACACCCUUGAAGAACCUAUAGAUAUAGAUAGUACUAAACCAUUAAUUAAACAACAGUCAACCACAUUUCCAAAGAACUCUGCUUUAAAGCAAGAUGUAAAGCGAACAUUUGGAUCAAGCUCACAAUCAAGUAAUAUUUCAAAAUUCCAUAAGCGGCCACAUAGAAUACAAAAAGCUCGAAAAAGUAUUGCCCAGUCAGGUGUAAACAUGUGCAGUCAAAACAGCUCUCCUCAUAAGACUAUUAUUAAAAGCAGCACUGACCAAAAACCAAAGUUUUUCCAUCAAGCAGGAAAAGAAAAAUCUAAUGCCAAGGCAAAUAGCAACUAUUUAUAUAGACAAAAAUAUGAAAACUACAGGAUCAAAAAAUCAGGUGAAGCAUAUCCUCUGCAUUUCAAAAAAGAAGUUAGUUCAUUAAAUUCUUUACAUAUGUUUUCAUCAAGUAAUUCUCAUAAUAGUUUUAUUUCAGACCCUCAUAACCAAGACACCAAACUGCCAGAAGGCUUCAAGGACCACAGGCGUGUAGCUGUGAAAAGAGUAGCUAAAGAAUCAAAGAAAGUUAGUUCCGUUGGAGGAGAAGACUUGGAUAGCUAUCCUGAUUUUUUGCAUAAAAUGACUGUUGUGGUUUUGCAAAAACUUAAUUCUGCUGAAAAGAAAGAUAGUUAUGAAACAGAAGAUGAUAGUUCCUGGGAUAAUGUUGAACUAAGUGACUACACUACACAGGCUAUAGAUGAUGAAACCUACAAUGAUCUUAACCAAGAACAUGUAAACAUAUUUCCUCUAUUUAAAAGCAAGGUGGAAGGUGAAGACCCUGGAGAAAAUGCUACCCUUAGUUAUGAUCAAAAUAAUGGCUUUUAUUUUGAAUAUUAUGAAGAUGGUGGAACUAACAACUUUUUACAUGAGAUACAUGAUUCUCAGCAUUUAGAAAAUGCAGAAACUUCAUUGUCAAAGCAUAGUUCUGUUUUUCAUUGGACUGAUUUGUCUCUUGAGAAGAAAUCAUGCCCUUAUUGCCCAGCAACAUUUGAAACAGGCGUUGGGUUAUCAAAUCAUGUCCGAGGACAUCUUCACAGAGCAGGAUUAAGUUAUGAAGCCCGUCAUGUUGUAUCACCAGAACAAAUAGCCACAAGUGACAAAAUGCAACAUUUCAAAAGAACUGGCACAGGGACACCUGUUAAGAGAGUUAGAAAAGCUAUAGAGAAAUCUGAAACCACUUCUGAACAUACUUGUCAACUAUGUGGUGGUUGGUUUGAUACUAAAAUUGGAUUAUCAAAUCAUGUUAGAGGCCACCUGAAAAGACUUGGAAAGACCAAAUGGGAUGCUCACAAAUCUCCAAUCUGUGUACUGAAUGAGAUGAUGCAAAAUGAAGAAAAAUAUGAAAAAAUCUUAAAGGCAUUGAACAGUCGUCGUAUUAUUCCCAGACCAUUUGUAGCUCAAAAACUUGUAUCAAGUGAUGACUUUCUGUCUCAAAAUGUUUUACCUCUUGAAGCAUACCAUAAUGGCCUAAAGACUGAAGCUCUGUCAGUGUCUGCAUCAGAGGAAGAAGGGCUGAAUUUCUUAAAUGAGUAUGAUGAAACAAAACCUGAACUGCCCAGUGGGAAAAAGAAUCAGUCUCUUACACUGAUAGACCUUCUUAAAAAUAAAAGGAUGGGAGAAGAAAGGAAUUCUGCUCUUUCUCCUCAAAAGAUACACAAUCAGACAGCAAGAAAGAGAUUUGUUCAGAAAUGUGUUCUUCCAUUAAAUGAAGAUAGUCCAUUGAUGUAUCAACCACAAAAAAUGGACUUGACUAUGCACUCAGGUAUGCCUGUGAAGCUUAGAACAUGUGUGCAUUGCAAUACGACGUUUACAAGUGCUGUUAGCCUGUCCAACCACUUACGCGCUUAUGCACGAAAGAAGAGUGCUGGACUUUUGACUGGUACAGCCUUAGACUGUAAGCAAAAGAAGUCGAGGUCAAGAUCUGGAAGCAAGAAGAAAAUGUUAACAUUACCUCACGGUGCUGACGAGGUUUACAUUCUUCGAUGCAGGUUUUGUGGCCUCGUCUUUCGAGGACCAUUGUCUGUUCAGGAAGACUGGAUUAAGCACUUACAACGACACAUUGUAAACGCUAAUCUUCCACGGACUGGAGCUGGCAUGGUGGAAGUCACGUCACUACUUAAAAAGCCUGCCUCCAUUACAGAAACUUCAUUUUCUCUACUAAUGGCAGAAGCAGCUUCAUAGAACCAGGAAAACUUUUAAAUAGAAAAUUUGAAUGGGAUGUAAAUUUGAAAUUCUUUGUCUUUUUUUUUUGUAAGCCACAUUAAAUUAUCCGUUUAUAAAUACUAAAGCAGGAAAAUGGGGAAAAGUGAAUUACACUGACAUCAGAGCAAAUUGAAUACUUAAAACAGUAAGUAGUCUAUAUAUUUUACAUAGGACAGAAGAUGUGUUUUUAAGGUUUACUAAGUUUUGUUAGUUAACAAUUCACUUAUUAAAAGAUCUUACAUGUAGACAGCCAUUUAUAAACUGUUGCACAUGGAUAUGUAUAGACAGACUUAUUGGAAAAAUAUGUUUUCUGCAGUGUUACCAGAAUCAAGGCUCUGUUUAUUCCCCAUAAGACUUGCAUAGAAAAAUAAAAUAUUAUAUAUUUUGUUUGUAUGUAUUUAGUGUUUUGUAUAAUAUCAGGAAUUGCUAACUAAAUUACUCAACUUAGGGCAUUAAAUAUCAUGUACUUCAUAGUUUGAGACUGUUCACUCAAAUAGGGCAGAGUAAUAUUCUAUCUAGAUGUGUAAGUGUUUUUUUAAAAUCACAUGGAACGGUUUUUUUUUAUACUAAAAAGUGGAGGGAGAUUUGUUUAAACAAGUAUUUCUAAAAGAAAUAUGUACAUAGUCCUGGAAAUUAUUUGUGGUAAGGAAAUAUUCUUUACUCCAAUUGCAUUUCUCAGACAAUAAAGUGGUGCAUCCAUGCUACCUCCUACUUUGUCAACAAAGAUGCUAUUUACCCUUUACAUUUUUGUAUCAUAAUAGAUUUAAAAAAUCUAAUGUUCUUUAUUGCAAGACAUCCUUUUGUUAACAGAUUUGUUUCUUUUUAAUGUUUUACCUAAAAUUUGACAUGCUUACAGGACAGGUUUGCCUCUUUAUUUAACAUUGUAGAAAUGUAAUUAAUAAAAGAUACUACACAAUUUAGAAUAGGCUUUCUCAUUUAUAUUAUCUUCCAAAUUUGAUCAGUUAGCAAAACUUAAUACACCAAUUAAAAUAUUUCUACAUAUGAUGAGAAUGUUUACAAUUUAAAUUUUAGAACUUGUUUUGGAUGUGGUUAUAUGUACGAAAAUUGUGUAACACUAUGCUCAUGCUAAGAACCGACAUAACGGAAUUACUGAAAUAAAUGUGCUGUGAGGAAUGGAAAAAUAUGGUGCAGGUGUCUUGGUCAUGAUAAAUUGUGAUUAUUCUUUUAAGUUCUUUCAAAAAACAAAUCAGUUCUUUUAAUAUGAACUUAGAUUCCUUUACAAAUAACAGUUUUUGUAUGCAAGCACCAUUUCAUUUAAUUUCAUGUAGUUUGGGUAAUAUUGUAGUCGAACCAGUGCAUCAAUCAAGUAUGCAUUGAUACUUUCCCUCAUAUGUAAAUAAACUUAAAAACAAUUAAAAUAUGGAGUAUUUUGGUAGAGUAUAUACAUACCUCACUGCCAGUGAAAAUUGUUUUCCUA